CUUCGCCCGCGCCUGCGCGGCACCGCCCGCACCGUGACUAAGAUGGAGGCCAUGGGGGUGCGGGCGCUGCCGCCGCCGCCGCCGUUCUGGGCCGGGGGUCCGGCCCCGGGUCAGUUCUACGUCCCCGGUGUGCCCGGCUCCACCACCGGCGUCCUGCCCGUCACCCGAACGCUGAGCCCGAUGGUGACGGGCACCUCGGUGCUGGGAGUGAAGUUCGACGGGGGGGUGAUGAUCGCCGCGGACAUGAUGGGCUCCUACGGCUCCCUCGCCCGGUUCCGAGGCAUCUCCCGGCUCCUGAAGGUGAACGACACCACCAUGCUGGGGGCAUCCGGAGACUACGCCGACUUCCAGUACCUCCAGCAGGUCAUCGACCAGAUGGUAAUCGACGAGGAGCUGCUGGGAGAUGGGCACAGCUACAGCCCCAAAGCCAUCCACUCCUGGCUGACCAGGGUCAUGUACAACCGGAGGUCCAAGAUCAAUCCCCUCUGGAACACCGUGGUCAUCGGGGGCCACUACAACGGCGAGAGCUUCCUGGGUUACGUGGACAUGCUCGGCGUGGCCUACGAAGACUCCACGCUCGCCACGGGUUACGGAGCGUACCUGGCUCAGCCCUUGAUGAGGGAAGUGUUGGAGAAGAAGCCCAGCCUGACAAAGGAGGAGGCGCGGGACCUCAUCGAUCGCUGCAUGAAGAUUUUGUACUACAGAGACGCCCGGUCCUUCAACAGGUAUGAAAUCGCCAUCGCCACAGAGAAGGGCGUGGAGGUGGAGGGACCCCUGACCCUGGAAGCCAACUGGGACAUUGCACACUUUGUCAGUGGCUUCGAGUGAUCUCUGGGAAGCUGCUCCAGGCUCCUGUCUCCAUCUCCUUCCCCUUUAUAUUUGCUGUCAGUCCCUUUCUCCCUUGGAAGCUCCAAUCCCACGUGUUUUGGAAACAAAAUAAAGGUUUUCUGCCAAGCC